AAGGUCAAAAGAAAGUGAGGUUUUGAAUGCGCCGCCACCGAUUUGGGCCGCUGAUCGCUUAGUCAGGCGGAGGGGGUGGCGGCGCGGACCACUACCGCAGCCGUCCGACUUUUGGCGGCCGAUCGAAGCUCCGCGACUCGACCUUCAGACCAACCUCAAAGCUAACCCUGCGGUGCUCGGCCUGCAGUCCAUUUGCGGGAUUCCUGGCUCGAUCCCUUUUAAUCAACAAGACCAUCUCAGAAUCCCGAACGGAUCGAACUUUACGAUUCUAGGCCGCGUCGCGAGCCCGUCUCUCUCCCAACAUGGAGUCAUCACGGGGCCCUCCCAGGGUCAAAAACAAGGCCGCUGCGCCGGUCCAGAUCUCAGCGGAGCAGCUGCUCCGCGAGGCUGUCGACCGACAGGAGCCUGCGCUGCAGGCGCCGACGCAGCGGUUUGCGGACCUCGAAGAACUGCACGAGUACCAGGGUCGCAAGAGAAAGGACUUCGAGGACUAUGUGCGCCGGAACCGGAUCAACAUGAACAACUGGAUGCGCUAUGCCGCGUGGGAGCUGGAACAGAAGGAAUUCCGACGUGCGCGAUCGAUCUUCGAGCGGGCGCUGGACGUCAACCCGACGUCGGUGAUCCUGUGGAUUCGCUACAUCGAGGCGGAGAUGCGGACCCGGAAUAUCAACCACGCGCGGAACCUACUGGAUCGCGCCGUGACGAUCCUGCCCCGUGUCGAUAAGCUAUGGUACAAGUAUGUCUACAUGGAGGAGACGCUGGGCAAUAUCCCCGGCACGCGCCAGGUGUUCGAGCGGUGGAUGUCGUGGGAGCCGGAUGAGGGCGCCUGGAGCGCGUAUAUCAAGCUGGAGAAGCGAUACAACGAAUUUGAGCGGGCACGCAACAUCUUCCAGCGGUUUACCAUCGUGCAUCCCGAGCCGAGAAACUGGAUCAAGUGGGCUCGCUUUGAAGAGGAGUACGGGACGAGUGACUUGGUGAGAGAGGUGUACGGAGUGGCAAUUGAGACGCUCGGGGAGGACUUCAUGGACGAGAAGCUGUUCAUCGCCUACGCCAAGUUUGAGGCCAAGCUCAAGGAGUACGAGCGUUCGCGAGCCAUCUACAAAUAUGCUCUGGACCGGCUACCACGGUCCAAGUCGAUCACGUUGCACAAGGCGUACACGACGUUUGAAAAGCAAUACGGCGAUCAGGUGGGAGUGGAGGAUGUGAUCUUCUCCAAGCGCCGAGUCCAGUACGAGGAACAGCUCAAGGAGAACCCGCGCAACUACGACAUCUGGUUCGACUUUGCCCGUUUGGAGGAAAAUGCCGGUGAUCCUGAACGAGUUCGCGACAUCUAUGAACGCGCGAUUGCACAGAUCCCCCCGUCACAAGAAAAGCGUCACUGGCGGCGGUAUAUCUACCUCUGGUUCUUCUACGCCAUCUGGGAGGAGAUGGAGGCGAAGGAUAUCGAGCGCGCUCGCCAGGUCUACAACGAAUGCUUGAAGCUGGUGCCGCACAAAAAGUUCACAUUCGCCAAGCUCUGGCUCAUGAAGGCACAAUUUGAGAUCCGUCAAAUGGACCUCGCCACCGCUCGGAAAACGAUGGGUCAGGCGAUCGGCAUGUGCCCAAAGGACAAGCUGUUCCGGGGCUAUAUCGAUCUGGAGCGCCAGCUGUUCGAGUUUGUGCGAUGCCGGACGCUGUUUGAGAAACAGAUCGAGUGGAACUCAUCCAACAGCCAGUCCUGGAUCCAGUUCGCCGAGCUGGAACGAGGUCUGGAUGAUGCCGAUCGUGCGCGCGCGAUUUACGAGUUGGGCAUCGCCCAGCCGACUCUGGAUAUGCCCGAGCUCGUGUGGAAGUCAUACAUUGACUUUGAGGAAUACGAGGGCGAAUACGACCGGGUGCGACAACUUUACGAACGUCUUUUGGAGAAGACCGACCACGUCAAGGUCUGGAUCAACUACGCGCGGUUCGAGAUCAACCUCCCGGAGGACGAGGAGGAAGAGGAAGAAGACGAGGAACGGCCGAUCAGCGACGAGGCCAAGCGACGUGCUCGGGGGAUCUUCGAGCGGGCGCACAAGGUGUUCAAGGACAAGGAGCUCAAGGAAGAGGUGAGAUUCCACCUUUCAAACAGUUCCGUCAGAAACAGCAUGCUAAUAUGUACACAGCGAGUGGAACUCCUCAACGCCUGGCGAUCGUUCGAACACACGCAUGGCUCGGCCGAGGACAUCGAGAAAAUCGAGAAACAAAUGCCCCGACGGGCCAAGAAGCGCCGCAAGAUGGACGAUGACCGCUACGAGGAAUACAUGGACUAUGUGUUCCCGGCGGACGAUCAGUCGUCGGCGAACCUGUCGCGGCUGUUGCAGAGAGCACACCAAUGGAAGCAGCAACAGGGAGAGGCGUGAUGGUGGCAGAACGAGAUGGGAAAUGGCGAAGGGAAUACACAUGUGGAUAUUAUUUGUUAAUGAGCAUGGGCGUGGCAUAUUGGAGGUUAAAAAAUACAACUCACGUCACCAAACUCUUACGCAGUCAUUUCUAGUUUCAUCCUGUAG